AUGCCGCUAGUGCCGCAGGACGUAAGAGGAGUGAGUACCCGUGCUAUGUCAGAAGCGCAGCGUGUGAGGGAAGAGGGUGCUGCAGCUCAGACCAGCGAUGCAGAAGCCAAGCCUGUGCAGAUGGAUCUUCUGCUACAGCUGCGGCAAAUGAUGGCAGAACAGCUGCGUGAGCUGAAAGAAGAUCAAGCGCGCCGCCAAGAAGAGCAAGCACGCUGUCAGGCAGAACAGCUGCGGGAGCUGAAAGAAGAUCAAGCGCGCCGCCAAGAAGAGCAAGCGCGCCGCCAAGAAGAGCAAGCGCGCCGCCAAGAAGAGCAAGCACGCUGUCAGUCAGAACAGCUGCGGGAGCUGAAAGAAGAUCAAGCUCGUCGCCAAGAGGAGCAUGCGCGUCGCUUGGAAGACAUGCAUAAAGAUUUCACGAAGGGACUGCAAAAGGCUGUCGAACGGGUACAAGAAGUGGAGGAAGGUUUAGGCAAGUUGGAACAUCGCGUCAUGGCGAUAGAGGAGAGAGUGGAAGAAGAGAUCUCCAAAAUCAAGCAGGAAGUGACAAGCCCAAGCCCUUUGAAGAGCCGAAGCCGUCUUGCAGCCGUUUUUGACGCCCCAAAUGCGGCCUCAAGCGCAACGAAAGGGCUGAAGAUUCCCCAUUACGACGGAACAACAUCCUGGACCGCGUUCAAGCUACAGUUUGAGACACUUAUGGAGGCUUAUGGUUGGACUCAGAAGGAAGCACAGUCAGCCCUCACCCUGGCCCUCCGUGAUCAAGCGCUCUCGGUACUGGAAGCUAUCGGCGCAAGUGGGGAUCUCAGCUUUAGUACCCUCCUCGACGCACUUGAGGCACGUUUUGGAGACAGCCACCUCGAGCACGUGUACAGAGCGCAAUUAAAAGAGCGUACUCAGCGUGCUAAUGAGAGUCUACAGCAAUGGUCCGUGGAAAUCGAGAAACUUGUGCGUCGAGCUUUUCGGUCGACUCCAUCAAUGAUUGAAGGCACGCUUCUCCAAGCAUUCAUUGACGGUGUUCGGGACCCCGAAGUACGAGCUGCUGUUCAUCUGGGCCAUCACAAGAACAUGAAAGAAGCUCUGGCCCAUGCAUUGGAAGUGGAAGCCGUGCGUGGUAACUCCCGUACCUUACGUCUGCGGGAAAUGACGACAACGGAGCAGGUACCUCCACGCCGUCGGAACUUCAUGUGCUAUGGAUGCGGAGAGCGUGGGCACAUGCGGAGCGACUGCCCGAAGAAGGUGAACCGCCAGGACGCGGCGGUCUCAACUUCUGACCAGCAGGGAAACUAA